AUGUCUAACCGUUCCUUCAAGAACUUCAUAGAAGACGAACUUGGAACAUUCCCACACUUCUUCAUCUACGCCAUCCUCGAAUGGAUCAUCAUCAUCCUCCUCUUCCUAGACGGCUUCCUCGCCUUCUCCUCUAACCAAUUCUCCAAACUCUUCCACCUCAAAACCCCUUGUCUCCUCUGCACAAGACUCGACCAUGUUCUUGUCCCAACGAACCCUGAUUUCUAUUACAACGACUCCAUCUGCGACUCUCACAAAAAGAACGUCUCUUCUUUAGCUUACUGUCAUGUCCACAAGAAACUCUCGGAGAUCAAAAGAAUGUGUGAAGGAUGUCUCCUCUCUUUCGCAACAGAGAAAGAAACAGAUGUUGACACCUACAAGUCUCUUAUUGGUAUCUUACAUAAGGAUCUUGAGCUUCUUAUCGACGAUGAGCAUCAGAAGGCGUUUCCAGUUACAGGUCCGAAGCUUGAUCAAUACAAAGGUAACAACAGGUUUCAAGAACAGCAGCAACGUUGUUCUUGUUGUGGAGAGUUGUUAAAGAUAAAAACAGAGAAACCGAAUAGUAAUAAUAAUAAUAAUAAUAAUAACAGAUCUUUCUUUGCUGCUCCAAGCCCUUCUCCUAGAGUCUCAUUCAACCAAAGAACUAUGGAUUUUGCAAACUUGCCUGAGGAAGAAGAUGUUGUUAACACCAACAACACACUUGAUAGAACACCGAGUUUUGUAAGAGGAGGGAGCAAUAGAUUCUUUUCUGAUUCAGCUCAGAACAGUCCACGUUGGUCUGUUAGGUCUAUGAAGAAGUCUGUGUUGGAUCAGAAUGGUCCUGACACCGAAGUGUUGGAUGGAGAUUCGAUACUUCAUCAUCUAAACAGGCAGGUUAGGUUGGACAGGAAGUCGUUGAUGGAUUUGUAUAUGGAGUUGGAUGAAGAGAGGAGUGCUUCAGCUGUUGCAGCGAACAAUGCAAUGGCUAUGAUCACUAGGCUUCAAGCGGAGAAAGCUGCGGUUCAGAUGGAGGCGUUGCAGUAUCAGAGAAUGAUGGAUGAGCAAGCGGAGUAUGAUCAGGAAGCGUUGCAGUCUAUGAGUGGUUUGUUGGUUAAGAGAGAAGAGGAUAUGAAAGAACUUGAAGCUGAAAUUGAGGCUUAUAGAUUGAGAUAUGGAAUGUUGAUAGAAGAAGAAGAGCAACAACAACAACAAGACGGCAAAGAAGGAGAAGCAGAAGAGUUUCUUGAUGAAGAAAACCAUGAAACUAAACCGGUUUUGGAUUUGCCAGUUUGUUCUUCAAACCAUGAGCAAGACUUGGAACACAAGAAAGAUUCAGGUGAAGAGACUAAAGCUAACAAUGAGCAAGACUUGGAACACAAGAAAGAUUUAGGUGAAGAGACUAAAGCUAACAAUGAGCAAGACUUGGAACACAAGAAAGAUUCAGGUGAAGAGACUAAGGCCAACAAUGAUGGGACUAUAGAGGAAGUAAAAGAGAAGGGAAGCAGAAAAGAUAUGUUAGUGAAGGAGAUCUCAGAGAUAACAGAGAGACUAAAUGAGAUUGAAUCAAAAGGUGAAUUGUUGCAGCACAUUUCAGAAGUUUUAGAUGUUAGUGAAGGAGAAGCAAUCUUAUUACAGAUAUCUCAGAAUCUCCAUAUGCUUCGUAGUUUCAUUGAAAUGCCAUCAGAAUCAUGA